AGCAGUGUGAUUUGAACUGAAGGCUUCCUCUACAGAUACCCGGUUCAAGUGACAUACACCCACGGCGACUGGGCCUCGUCUCACAACAACACCUUCACGCUGGCUUAUUACACGGCUGUCCCUAUCACCAAGAGAAGCGGCAGAUCCCACAUCAAUACUAGUAGUAAACCUCGAGCGACACCGCAAUCAUGGCGAAAACCAUUGCCCCCGUCGCCGUCACUUUGGUCGAGUCGAAAUCAUCCUUGAAGUCUGCUAACGUUCAGGUCAAUGAUGUUCCCACCAGUUUCAGACUCCUGCAGCAGAAGCCCACUGUGUCCGUGGUCCCUCCCCCAACUGAUGGCGUCCGCAUUGUCACAGCUGCGGAGUACAAGGAGGCGGCUGCCUGCCUGGCCGAGGCUUUUGCUGAGGAUGAUGUAGCUCGCUACUUCAUUGAUGUGCCUGAUCGUGCGCAUUGGACCGAGGAGGAGAAGUGGGAUCUCCAUGUCGAGAUUCUCGAGUAUGUCACCUAUGCUCACAUCUUGAAGGGGCUUGUGACUACGAUCGGGGACUUUGACGCGGUUGCGCUGUGGAUGCCGCCAGGCAAGAACAUGGACGACUUCCUGACCAUCCUCCGCUCCGGUAUGUGGCGUCUCAAUUACAGACUGUCGGCCGAGGGCAAGCGUCGUUUCUUCAACGAGUUCCUCCCGCUCCUCCACGACACCAAGCACGCUACGCUCGGCGACCGCGACGACGACAGCUGGUACCUCGUCUACAUCGGUACGAAGCCGAGUGGGCGCGGGAAGGGAUACGCGCGCAAGCUAAUCGAGCAUGUGACCAAGCAGGCGGACCGCGAGGGUAGGGCAGUCUAUCUCGAGUCUAGCAACGAGAAGAAUCCGCCCAUCUAUCGCCGGUUCGGCUUCGAGGACCGUCGCACGAUUCACCUGCAGCGUGCGGAGAAGAACGUGCAGCUGGACAUCAUGGUCAGGGAGCCGGCUGCGCAGGAGAAGAAGCUUGGGAGGAAGCCGUAGUCUGGAAGGAGGCCAGUGCCCGCUAGAGAGCCUAAGAGCGCCGCUUCAACAGGAUAGCUCUUGAUGAAUAGUGUUGGCCAUGGAAGGCCCCCAGGAGGGAUAUACAGGAUUUCUUCAACAGAGAUCAGAGGCUGUUUGACGCUUCCCUUGACUUUGUAACUCCGCUCUUUCAAUGCUAUAUCAGUAUCCAGGAAUGAGGGAUCCAUAUAUCAGAAUUGUCC